AUGAUGCAGCUAUAAGAGAACCACCCCUAUUAAUUGCAAUCAUUGAACUAAUUAAUUUAUAAUUUAUAGUCUCUGAUUUAUCAUUAAUUUCUUCUUUAACAAUUACCCUUGAUGAUAUUUUGGAUGCCAUUAUUUCUGACUAUUCAUUACUAUUCUUAGUCAUUAAACUUUAUGAAUUGCUAGGCAUAUAUAAGAAUUUAUUCUCACUAGUUAAAGAUUGAUUCCUUCUUAGGUAUCAUGAUUAACUUCUUCAUUUUGGCUAAUAAUGUUAUGAAUCAUGAUUUAAGCCUAUUCAUCAUUUAAUAUGUCCUUUAAAAAUUCUACAUUUUGAUGAGUUUAAUUUAAAAAGUAGUUAGAAAGAUUUACUUAAAAUUUUGUUUAUUUACUUUCAUAUCUAUAAAUAUAUUGCCUCUUAUAAAAAAAGUAAAUAAUAAUUUCUUAUUAACUUACACCAUUUCAAAUUCUAAUCCUACAUAGUAGUGCCUUUUAUAAAAAAGUAAUUUUUCAAAAUAAAUACUUGAUAGAAAUUACUAAUUUUUUAAACAAAAACCAAUGAAAUGCCCUAAUCAUGAUGGACGUUAAAUAGAACUGAUAUGUCUAGCACCUCAUAAAUGUAAUCGCUUGAGAAAGCUUUGUAUUGAGUGUAUUUACGACCAUGGAGUGGAUUGGAAACUAACAAUCCCAAUUAAAUAGAUCCUAGAAAAGGCUAAAACAAAAUUGAAUGAAAAUAGGAUUGACGAUCUUUCUAAAAUAAUCGCCAUUAGAGACUCUUUUAAAUUUAUGAUGUCUAAAACUGAAAACACAUUAUAGUAUUUUUGGGGAUAGGUUACAUAAUAAAUAGAAUUAACAACAAUGAAGAUUCUCUAGUACAAUUCUUCGUAUAGGAAUCUUGUCGUCGAAAAUGUGAGUUUAGCUUAAUCAACUUCUGAUGACUUAGAAACAUUAAUAUCAAUUGUAGAAGGGAAAAAAACUUGA